CGCGGCAGCCAGGCCAGCUUCAUGCAGCGGCAGUUCGGGGCCAUGCUCCAGCCGGGCGUCAACAAGUUCUCGCUGCGGAUGUUCGGCUCGCAGAAGGCGGUGGAGCGGGAACAGGAGCGCGUCAAGUCGGCCGGCGCCUGGAUCAUCCACCCCUACAGCGACUUCAGGUUCUACUGGGACUUCACCAUGCUCCUCUUCAUGGUGGGAAACUUGAUCAUAAUCCCUGUUGGAAUAACCUUCUUCAAAGAUGAGACCACGGCACCCUGGAUUGUCUUCAAUGUGGUGUCCGACACCUUCUUCCUCAUGGACUUGGUGAUGAACUUCCGGACAGGCAUUGUCAUUGAGGACAAUACUGAUAUCAUCCUGGAUCCUGAGAGGAUCAAGAAGAAGUACCUGAAGACAUGGUUUGUGGUGGACUUUGUCUCCUCCAUCCCUGUGGAUUAUAUCUUCCUCAUUGUGGAGAAGGGUAUUGAUUCAGAGGUCUACAAGACAGCCCGAGCCUUGAGAAUUGUCCGAUUUACUAAGAUCCUAAGUCUUCUGCGAUUGUUGCGCCUCUCUCGGCUCAUCCGCUACAUCCAUCAGUGGGAGGAGAUUUUUCAUAUGACCUACGACCUGGCUAGUGCUGUCAUGCGGAUCAUCAACCUUAUCGGCAUGAUGCUUUUACUGUGUCACUGGGAUGGAUGCCUCCAGUUCCUUGUCCCGAUGCUCCAGGAUUUCCCGAGCGACUGUUGGGUCUCCAUCAAUGGCAUGGUGAAUGACUCCUGGAGUGAGCUCUACUCCUUCGCCCUCUUCAAGUCCAUGAGUCACAUGCUGUGCAUUGGGUAUGGGCGGCAGGCUCCGGAGAGCAUGACUGAUAUCUGGCUGACUAUGCUGAGCAUGAUCGUGGGAGCCACCUGCUAUGCCAUGUUCAUCGGGCACGCCACAGCCCUCAUCCAGUCUCUGGACUCCUCCCGGCGGCAGUAUCAGGAGAAGUACAAGCAAGUGGAGCAGUACAUGUCCUUUCACAAACUGCCUGCGGACUUCCGGCAGAAGAUCCAUGACUACUAUGAGCACCGUUACCAGGGCAAGAUGUUUGAUGAGGACAGUAUCCUGGGGGAGCUCAAUGAACCUCUACGAGAGGAGAUCGUCAACUUCAACUGCCGUAAGCUGGUGGCCUCUAUGCCUCUCUUUGCCAAUGCUGACCCCAACUUUGUCACUGCCAUGCUGACGAAGUUGAAGUUCGAGGUCUUCCAGCCAGGCGAUUACAUCAUCCGGGAAGGGACCAUUGGCAAGAAGAUGUAUUUCAUCCAGCACGGUGUGGUCAGCGUCCUCACUAAAGGCAAUAAAGAAAUGAAGCUCUCGGAUGGCUCCUACUUUGGAGAGAUUUGCCUGUUGACCAGGGGCCGGCGAACAGCGAGCGUCCGAGCAGACACCUAUUGCCGUCUCUAUUCGCUCUCGGUGGACAACUUCAAUGAAGUCCUUGAGGAGUACCCCAUGAUGAGGCGGGCUUUCGAAACUGUGGCCAUUGAUCGUCUUGACCGCAUAGGUAAGAAGAAUUCCAUCCUGCUCCAUAAGGUCCAGCAUGACCUCAACUCGGGGGUCUUCAACAACCAGGAGAACGAAAUCAUCCAGGAGAUCGUCAAGUACGACCGGGAGAUGGUGCAGCAGGCGGAGUUCCAGCAGCACGCCGCGGCCAUGUACACCCCAGCCCAGCCUCAGGUGACCUCGGCAAUCGCCACACUCCAGCAGGCGGUAGCCAUGAGCUUCUGCCCACAGAUGGCCAGCCCGUUGGUUGGGCCGAUGGGCUUGGGGUCACCCAGGAUGGUGCGUCGCUUGCAGUACCAGGGCGGUGUCCCCGGUCCCUUUACUAUUUCUCCAGCGUUGCUUCAGCAGCAUCACCAACAGCAGCAGCAGCAACCCCCUCCUGCCCCCUCCACCAGCCCCUUCCCUGCAGUAAUGUCCAGCCCACCAACCCAAAGCCCUCUGGCCAGCCGGACGUUCCCAUAUGGGGGCGGCAAAGGUCAGUCUGGAUCACAGCUUUCGCUGACACAGCAAAAGCCCCCGGGCUCACCCCAACGGUUGGCUGCCCACAAAAGCACACAGGCCCUCCACACGAGCAGCCUGAGCCAGGAGUCCAGGCCGCUGUCGGCCUCUCAACCCUCUCUCCCCCACGGCGUCUCCCAGACCAUGAGUCAGAGCCCCCCCUCUUCCGCUCAUGAGUCCAACGCUUCGAUCGCAGGGGGGCAGGGGUCAUCACCGUCAGCAGCUGCUUCAUCACAGAGUCCCGGCAGUGCUCCUCAAGUCACGUCCCGUGGAGCUGCCCAACCGCUCCGUGUGGGUCUGCCCCACCAGAUGACCACAGCAACGGUCUACCCAGGGACCGCUGUGGGCGUCCCACAGGACUCAGGCAGUGCCCGCAAGGAUUCCAUCAUUAGCGCUCCUGAUACGGACCCAACAAAAUCUAGGCUUUCUUCCAACUUGUGA